AGUGGCUGCUUCAUGCAGCUGGAGGUUGUCAUCCCGGGGUUAAGCCAGGUUUUCAGUAGUGGGUUCUCUCUGGAGAGAUGCAUCACCACCUUGGCCCAGCACUAUGAAGAGUGUGUUUCUAAGAGCCCUCCUGAUGCUGUGACGUGCCCUGCUCCCCAUCCUGAUCUCUGUGCUGCUCAGGCAGCUCCCCAAAGCUUGCCUCUUGCCCCUCUGGUGUGCCAGGGUGACACAUCCCAGAGCUCCAGCCAGGCUUCCCCUGCUGUGGCAGAAGCUCAGCAGCAGCUCUUGUCAGCCUCUCUUGCAGCUGUCAGGAGUCCUGUGAUUAUUCUCCAGAGUCUACCAGCAGUUCCCCAGCUCCUUGAGGCUCUUCAGUGUCAGCCUGAAACAUCCCAGUUUCUCCUCCAGGGUGAACCCACAACCCCUCAGUCCCUGUUAUAUCCUUUGUCUCCUACAGUAAAACUGGGGGCCACAGAAACCCCAGCAGAGGAGAUUAACCAAAGGACUGAAGAAGGCAUCAAACAGUCUUUGAGUGACAUUUGCACAGAGCCUGCUGCCAGUCUGUGCCUAAGUGAGCUGGCUGUGGUUCAGAAGUCCACCCAGCUCAUUGGCACCAGGAAGGACACACUGACUGUACGGAUCCUGGAGGAUGCCCACAGGGUGGACCUGAAAGGCCAGCAGUGCACUUGCCACUUCAGCCAGGCCUUCCAGCUGCCCUGCUGGCACAUCUUGGCUGUGCUGGAUUCAAACAGGAGGCCCUCGCAGCCAGAGAUGCUCAGUAGACCGUGGGAGAGGGGAUGCAAUGCCCAUCAGGCCGGGCAAGACAGUGCUGAUGGCCUCUUGGAGGUCCUGAAGAGCUUCUGGAACAAAUCUUUGUAUAAAUCCCAGGUGAUGUCCUUCCUUAUGGCGGAGAUCAGAGGUGAAGCUCUAGCACUGAGCAGUGUCUGAGCUGGGUGCUCCCGCCGUGUCCUGGCUUUCACCUUCAUUCCCCUCAGGCUGCCACUUCCUUGGCAUGGAAGGGACAGUUUAGGUCCUUGAUCUGCUGAAUGGGCAUCACCUCUUUCACAGGGCAGCAGAGGAACUGGAUUGGGAGCUCCUGAUCCCAUGGGAAGGGUAACAGCCACUGACCUGGCUAACAGCUGUGGCUGGGAGCCAGCUGUGGGUGGUGUGGCGUGGGAGGUACUGGUAUAAUAGAAUCAUAGAAUAUGCUGAGUUGGAAGGGACCCAUCAGGAUCAUUGAGUCCAACUCCCGGCCCUGCACAG